AUGGAGGAGCUUGUGGUGGUGGGCGUGACUGCCAGUCCGGAGCGGCGGGUGGAGGGCGCGGUUGGCGCGGUCGGCGCCAAGGUCACCGAAGGGCCGAAGCAGCAGCAGCGGCGGCGGGCUCCACGGCGAGGGCGGCGGUCUGUCUCAGCCUCGGGUGCAAGGAGACAGCAGGGUGCGGCCAAGCCAGGCCGAUCGCAUGGGAGCGCCAGGCUGGUGACGGACGACGAGCUGCGGCCGGUCGAGCCGGUGUCGGACGCUGGGAGGCGAGCGCAGAGCAGGCGCGAGCGGCCGCAGACUGGCGGGCGGGCGCGGGCGUCGCAAAAGGCUAGGGCGCGGGCGCGGAGGACCAAGACAAGCAGCGGGCCGGUGCGAAAGCCCGAGGAGAAGAACCGCGCAGCGCAGUGGGGCGUGCGGGCGCGAUCGCUGGCCAAAGCCGUCCGGUCGGCCGAGACCUCUGUCCGCCGCGCAAUGGCGGCAAUGGAGGAUCUGAGUGAAGCCCGCGACGCAUCGGCACUGGCUGACUCGGAGCGGGUGGCCGAGGCCGAGUCGCUGGCCAGCGGGCUGAGCCAGGCGGCGGCGGCGGUGAACCGGCUGGAGACGUUUCUCUCGGCCGAUGCGGCGCGGGCAGCUGCGUCGGAUGACUUUGUGGCCAAGCUGCAGCGACUGAUGGACCGUGCAGAGAGCCACAUUGGUGGCGUCAAGGCUGCGGGGCGGGAUACAUUUGAGGAGCUCCUCGUCCAUGAGCGACGGUUGGAGCGCGAGCUCGCCGUCUACGCCCGCCACUUUGACGCUUGGAACGAGACGGCCAACGAGCGGGCGGUGGCUACGGCGGUGGCCAUGGCCUCGCCGCCGCGAAGCUCGCGAGAGGCAGUCCCGGCAUGCUCGCCAGCCGGCGAUCGGCGCUUGCCGCCUGCAGUCGUGGCGUUUGACGAGUUUGUCGCCGCCCACGGCGGGGCGAGCGGCGGUUGGGACGAACCUGACCACGCACUGUAUGUCAAGCUGCGGCGCAAGGCUGCACUGCCUCCUCCAUCGUCGGUACGGUACGCAGCAGCACUCGACACUAUGCUCGACCGGGUUGCCAGCGCGCUGCCGAUGCACAGUCGCGCUGACGUGGCCAGCCACGAUGCAUGGUACACCCAGUACACUACCUUGCUGGGUGCCAAGCGGCGGGCCAUCUCGCAGUGGCGGGCGGCCCGGGCAGAGAGCGGCGAGCGAGCCACCACCAGCGAGCCGGCCACACCGCCACGAGCGCGGCCAGCAACCGCCGCUGCGCUCCGGACCGAGUCGCGGUCGGCGACCAAGGCGCGGAUCUUCGAGUACAAGGUGCGCAAGGCCAAGUCGGCGGUCCACGACGAGCUGCUGAGCAGGGCUGCCCGGCGGGCGCGGGCGGCGGCAGCUGCAGCCAAGCGCGCAAUGCAGAAGCAAAAGCGAGCGCAAGUUGCGGCGUGGGCUGAGGCCCGCGCCGCCCAGCAGGCACGAGCGGCAGCCAAGGCCGACUCGGCUGCCGCCGCCGAUGCCGUGCCGCUCACGCAAGCCGAGCUCGCCCGUAUGCACGCCCGGAAUCUGGAGCUUGCCCGCGCUCGCGCCGACGCCGCACGGGCCAAGAAGGCUCGCAGAGUCAAAAAGGCUCUGGUUCAUGUCUACGAUCCGCUGCCGCAGGCGAGUGUUACCCGCGGACCACGCGACCCCAACAGGCUGCUUAAGCCAACUGCGGCGACUGCCGCCCGCGCCGCAGCCAUCGAAGCCGGCAAGGAUGAACAGACUGUCUUUGACGCGGCUCCUGUCGUCUCGCAUGGGCUUGGCGUGGUGGUGGUGGUUGGCGCCACAGGCUUCCUCGGAACCCGGCUGGUGGGCGAGCUGGUGGCGAGAGGCGAGGAGGUGGUGGCGGUCGGCUCGGCGGCACGGCCCAAGGGGACGACCAUUGACGCUGCAGACGGCUCGUUCUCGGUCCCGGUAGUGCGUGCAGACGUGACGACGAGCGCUGGGCAGGCGGCGGUAGUCGAGGCGGUGGCUAAUGCCCGCACCAGCUCGGGCCGUCCGCUCAAGGCGGUGUUCUUUCUGGCCGCGCUGGCGUCGGGUGCCGUUGCACCCGAGACUCAUCCGGAGGAGGCUCAGGCCAUGUCCGAGCUCAACGCCAGCGCGCCUGGUCGACUGGCACGCGAGCUCGGCGAUGUGCUUGCCUCAGAUGGUGCACUCUUUGUCUACACCUCGACCGACAUGGUGUUUGGCGGCGACGCCGCGCCGUAUUCGGUCGACUCGCCGCCAGCGCCACUUACCCACUAUGGGGCGACCAAGGCGGCUGGCGAGCAGGCUCUGCUGCGCGAUGGCGCAGCUGGUGAUGGCGUGCGGCUCUUGGUUGUCCGCCUCCCCCUCCUUUACGGUGACGGCGCGUUCUUUGGCGGAAUGAUUGCCAAGGCGCGCGAGGCCGCCGCCGCCGUCGCUGGCCAAGCCGUCGAGCCGAUGACACUCUUCACCGAUGAGUUCCGCACACCGCUUUCCGGGCUAGGCGCUGUGCGUGGACUACUUGCUGCCGUUGCUAUUGGCUUGACUGGUUUGCACCACUUUGGCGGGCCGGACAAGGUCUCGCGGUGGGCGAUGGGCGAGGCGCUCGCGCGGGCUGUUGGCAUUGACGCCAGCGCCGCGUUCUGCGGCGUCGAGGUUGCCACAGUGGUCAAGACGCCGCGGCCGCGCGAUCUUGCGCUCGACUCGGACGCGACAUGGGCGGCGCUGCCAGAGGCCGCACAUCCGUGCGCGCUCGACGAUGCUAUCGCCGCCAUCCUGGCGAGCCCGGUCCCGCAUGUGGUGGUUCCCGAGUCGUAG